AUGGACUCAGAUUAUGAUAACGAUUCCUUUGAAUUUGAGUUAUCAGAAAUAUUAUCUGAAGAUGAGUUAUCAGAAUUACUACUAUCUGAAGUUGGAUACUCCGAAGUUCGUUCAAAAGUUAAAUGCCCAGAAUGUCGUCAUUACUUUAUUAGUAAAACAUCUCUUCAACCUUGUAAAUAUUGCUUUAGCAACAAAUUUCAGCAGGUUGAUAGCGGUAAUAAAGAAGUUGAUAAAUAUAUUAAAAAAACACACACAAAUAUACGAGAAAAGCAACUUGCGUGGAUAUCUUUUGACGACCUCAAAAUUAUAGAACAAAUAGGUCAAGGCGGGUUUGGUAAAAUAUUCAAAGCAUCGAGGAAUAGGAGAGAAACUGUCUAUAGCAAGCAUAAAGGAAAAAAAGAAAAAGUGCAUAAACAAACAGUUGCACUGAAGAUUUUUAAUGAUUCAAGUAUGGUUGACAUUGAUUUUUUAAACGAGUUACAAAACACAAAUAUAAGCUUUAAAAAGCACCGAGAUAGACCAGAUAGAUGUUGUCCAAUAGUUCUCUGUUUUGGUGUUUCUCGAGAUCCAUCAUCUGGAAAUUUAAUCUUAGUCAUGGAGCGUUGUAAAAACGGCGAUUUUCACAGGUUUUUAAGCAAAAAUUUUGAAAAUAUUACUUGGAUGACCAAGGCUUG